AGAAAAGAAAAGUAGUCAAAAGAAAAAUAUCGAAGAAACAAGUUGAUUUGUUGAAUUGUUUGUCUGUUUAUAUUUAUUUAUUGAAGAAAUAUUGUACUUUUCUUAGUUCAAAUAGUUGUGUGAAAAAAGCUACCGCUUUGCGGCCCACAAUCUGUGGUAUUAGGUACGAGUGUUUGGUGCAUGAUAUCGUUGAGUGCACUGCUGACCAAAUACACGCUGGGCAUCAUGAACAACUUAGGACACAAUCAGCCAACGGGUGGAGCAGGUUCUGGUGCAGGUGGCGCUGGGGGAGUCGGCGGCGGCGGCGGUAUUGGCAACAACAAUGGCAAUGUUAUACAAAAUCCAGCAGCAGAAGGUAGCAUGGAGCGCGGCAGUUGCUUGCUACGCUAUGCAAGUCAAAAUUCUUUGGAUGAAAGCUCACAGAAACAUAUUCAACGCCCAAAUGGCAAAGAUCGCACCGUUGGACAGUAUCAUAAUGAGCAACACACAACCCGCUCAUUCGAGGCCAUGAACGAAAUGCGCAAGCAAAAUUUACUCUGUGAUGUAACGUUAGUUGCCGAUGAUAUAGAGAUACCGGCACAUAAAAUGGUACUUGCCUCCUGCAGUCCAUACUUCUACGCUAUGUUCACCGGGUUUGAGGAAUCACGCCAGGGCCGUAUAACACUACAAGGUGUUGAUCAUCGUGCGCUGGAACUACUCAUAGAAUAUGUGUACACAUCGACUGUAGAAGUGAACGAAGACAAUGUACAAGUGUUAUUAACCGCUGCAAACUUACUGCAGCUCACAGACGUGCGUGAAGCCUGUUGCGAUUACUUGCAGACACAACUGGAUGCCAGCAACUGUUUGGGAAUACGUGAAUUUGCAGACAUACACGGUUGCGUGGAUUUGCUGAACUAUGCGGACACCUACAUAGAACAGCAUUUCAAUGAAGUAAUUCAAUUUGAUGAAUUUCUCAAUUUGAAUCACGAACAAGUGAUAACUUUAAUAUGCAACGAUCGCAUUUGUGUGCCAAGUGAGGAGAAAGUUUAUGAGUGUGUAAUAUCAUGGAUACGCUAUGAUCCGACUAUGCGCGAGCAGUUCACUGCUAUCCUCAUGGAACAUGUACGCCUGCCCUUUCUCUCCAAAGAAUACAUAACUCAACGCGUCGACAAGGAGCCAUUAUUGGAAGGCAAUAUAAUAUGCAAAAAUUUAAUAAUAGAAGCAUUAACAUAUCAUCUGCUGCCAAAUGACACCAAAUCUGCACGUACCAUACCACGCAAACCAGUGGGCCUGCCGAAGAUACUCUUAGUCAUUGGUGGCCAAGCGCCCAAGGCAAUACGUUCGGUAGAGUGUUACGAUCUGCGUGAGGAAAAGUGGUAUCAGGCGGCUGAAAUGCCGAAUAGGCGUUGUCGUGCUGGUUUGGCGGUGCUUGGCGAUAAGGUGUUUGCUGUUGGUGGCUUCAACGGCUCUUUGCGUGUGCGUACCGUGGAUGUGUACGAUCCGGCCACAGAUCAGUGGCUCACUUGUAAUAGCAUGGAGGCGCGUCGGUCCACUCUCGGUGUUGCCGUAUUGCAUGGCUGCAUUUAUGCUGUGGGUGGUUUUGAUGGUACAACGGGUCUCAGCAGCGCAGAGGUAUUCGAUCCGAAGACCGAAUUGUGGCGUCUUAUAGCGUCGAUGUCCACACGACGCAGUUCUGUUGGUGUUGGUGUUGUUAAUGGUUUACUCUAUGCCGUUGGCGGUUACGACGGUUUCUCGCGUCAAUGCUUAUCGUCGGUGGAACGCUAUAAUCCAGAGACUGACAUGUGGACACCCGUAGCUGAUAUGUCGGCACGCCGUUCGGGUGCUGGUGUGGGUGUAUUGAAUAAUAUACUAUAUGCCGUUGGCGGUCAUGAUGGCCCUAUGGUACGCAAAUCAGUAGAAGCAUAUGAUCCCGAUUCCAAUACAUGGCAUGUUGUAGCUGAUAUGGCCUAUUGUCGACGCAAUGCAGGAGUUGUGGCUCACGAUGGUGUACUGUUUGUUGUGGGUGGAGAUGAUGGCACCUCGAAUUUAGGCUCAGUUGAGGUCUACUGCCCAGAAACUGACACGUGGCGCAUAUUGCCUGCUUCCAUGACUAUCGGACGCAGUUACGCCGGUGUAUGUAUGAUAGAUAAGCCCAUGUGAAUGGAAGAGCAGGGUGCAAUGGCACGCCAAGCUAAUGCAGCAGCCGGUGGUAUCAUAGAUGAUGAAAAUAGUCAAGCUGAGGGCAGCAAUGUCGAGGGUGCAGUCGGUUACUCACGCAGUGACGCGCACAUCAACUUAAACAACAAUGGCAAUAGCAAUGCUUCCCAACAGCAACAACAACAACAGCAAAAUCAUCCACACUACGAAAACAUCUAUGAAUCCCUUGAGCAAUAUAAUACUGCAGCUGUUGCUGCUGCUGCUGCUGGUGCUGGCGUCAACGCUGUUGCCCCUGCUGAUGCAUUGCCCCAACCUCAAGCCGAUGCAAAUGUAAAUCCACCUAACAUUAAUAAUCUCAACAAUACCAACAACAACGCUAACAGCAACAAUCAAUCACGCAUUCUACCCAAUAUAAGCUAUAGGAAUGAUCUCUAUGAUCGCACAAAUACCACAUCUCCAGCUUAUGACGUGCCACGGGCCGUGCGCUCCGGUUUGGGAUUUCGACGCAACUUCCACAUUGAUCUACAAGGAGCCAAUCGCUUCAACGCUUCACGAACCGGUGCAUCUAACACAGCGCCCACUUCGGUUUAUGGCAGUAACAACAACUGUCAACGACAACGCAGUUUCGAUGACACCGAAUCUCAGAAUUAUUACAAUUUCAAUUACCAGCCGAGUUUGCGUUACGAAAAUAUUUACGAACAAAUUCGAGAUGAACCCAUUUACCGAAAUACCGGCAGCGGCGCUCGAGUUUAUGGGCGUUUAGAUGUCAUUGGUCAUGGUAUCGGUCGUAUUGAGCGUCAUUUGAGCUCGUCAUGCGGCAAUAUUGAUCACUACAACCUCGGUGGCCAUUAUGCAGUACUCGGCCACUCGCAUUUCGGCACUGUCGGUCACAUACGUUUAAAUACCAGUGCUAGCGUUACCAACGCACCAAUUAUUAAUAGCGGUUGUAGCAUGAAUCCGGCAGUGACAAAUACCACUGCGUCCACAGCAACCAAUGUGACCACAACGGGCAGCAGUCAAAGAGAUGCCAAUAAUGUUAAAAACAGCGCUUCAUCCUUCUUCAGCUGUUUGCAGGGCGAAAAUGCGCAGAGUAUGAGCAAUAUUUAUCGCGCUUCUGUCGGUAUAGGUAGCGGCAUGGCGACCACAUAUGCUACCGCUGGUGGACAACAAAUACCUACGCAAUUCAAUUGUGUGGUUCCGAAUAAUACCAAGGAGCGAGAACCACGUUCUGCCUCCGCUGGCCCGAUAUCAAUAAGUACUAAUAAUGGCAACGCCAAUGAGGGACCCACCACUUCGUCAGGCACACGCCAAACAGGCGCUAUACCAAAAAUUAAAGCACUCGCUCUAAACUCAAAUAAGCCCAGUACAAGUUCUUCAAAUAAUACCAACAACAUUGCAACAGAGAAGACAGUCUCCAUUAAAAAUGCAAUCACCAAGAAGGCAACAAAUAACACGAACAGCUCAACGUCUGCGUCAACAGCUAAAACAAGCACAAACAGCCCCGAGCAUACAUCGAAUUCAAGCACCUUGAAUCGCAUCUCCAAAUCCAGUUUACAAUGGUUGCUGGUAAACAAAUGGUUGCCAUUAUGGAUUGGACAGGGGCCAGAGUGCAAGGUGAUCGACUUCAAUUUUAUGUUUUCACGCGACUGUAGUGGUUGUGAUGCUGCUUCCGCCGCCACGCAUAUGUCCAAUCCUUAUUAUACGCCACGUUUGGGUGGCAUGAUGCCACAUGAUUUAAUGCGGUUUAGUGCUGCGAAUGCUGAGAUGCACGCACCAUGUGCAGCCGCUUCGACAGCCUUGAGGCGCGAUCUCAACAUGCGACCGCGCGCCUUGAAUCGCUUGCGUGAAUACGAGCAGAAUCGACGUGAUACGGCCACACAUCGCUAUGAGGAUCCCUCGUAUGAAAAUGUGCAUGUGCAUUGGCAAAAUGGUUUUGAAUUUGGACGUUCGCGUGAUUAUGAUCAUAAUCAUCAAAAUGCAACAGCAACAGCUCGCCCACAACUGCAACGUGCGCGCUCCGAAAGUCCAAAUUUUAACACACAACAACGACGCAUGCGCCAAAAUUCCAAUGCAACACAAAGUGGCAAUAACGUUGCACCCGCCGCUGGCUAUAGUACAACAAAAUACGUAGACACAUUCAAAAGUUAUGUGCUCAAUGCGGAAAACAACACGUUCAAACCGAAGCUAGUGAAAUCUGAGAAUAGCGAAGUUUUAAAUUGUGCGGCGAGUGGAAGUGGAAAUGUAAGUGGCGCCGCUGAAGUAAUAAUAAAUCCGUUACCAGAUAAUCCAGACGAAAAUGAAACUCCACCACCUACGACAGUGCAAGCAAACGUUGUGAAACCAGUUGCCGAGCUCGAAACUGAAAUUGAUGAGGCCGUCGCUAAUAUUAACAAUGAAACGGCGGCUUGCAGUGCCAAUGCAAAUAUAGGUGAUAAUGAAGGCGAACAGCCCACGAGUUCAAGUCGAGUAGCAAAUGUUACUGGAAGAGAAAAUGUAUUCAUAAAUGACAACGAGACUGAUGCAACAAAGACAAAAGCCACUAACGACAGCAACAAUAUUAAUGUAAAAUCUACUAACAAGGAACAAAACGACGAUUGAAAGCAACAAGAUAUGCUAGGAGGAACAAAUUAUGUGUUAUCUGAUACAUAAAGAGAUAACUAGGAAUUAUCCUGGAAAAAUAUUAGAAAUAAUAAGAAACCCAGUAGUUUUGAAUAUUAAGUUUUCAGUUGAGCAAAACAACAGAAGUUAUAUACAUACAUAUUUAUAUCACGAUUAAAUACUAAAUAUUCAAUUUCGUAGUGAACAGUAGCCAUGUGUAUGAAAUUAGCAAACAGUAAAAUAAUCUUUAAUUAAUUACUUAUAUACGCACACAUAGAACCAGCAAUUUGCAGUUUCCUUAGGCAAAAUACCCAAUUUUGCAUUAUACCAUAGUAUAAAAAUGAUACGAACUAAACAGAACUAAUUUCUUUGUA